CAGUCACUUUGUUGUUUUUUUGCCAUGACAGCCGAGUUCUGCGUCGCCGUGUACGAUUUCACCGCCACCAAGCGCGACGGGCUGUCGUUCGCCAAGGGUGCGCGGAUUGAAGUCCUGCAGCGCCCCGACGACGGCUCUGGCUGGUGGCGCGGACUGCUCGUGCCCGACAGCCAUGCGGAAGACGACGAGCAGCAGCAGCAGCAGCAGCAGUCCGGCUAUUUCCCGGGUCAGUACGUCCGGCUGCUCGACGCGAACGGCGAGAUUGCCCUGCCCGACGGAUGGAAGGCAUACACUACGCCAGAGGGCCGCGCUUACUAUGUCCAUCUGGCAACCAAGGAGCGCUCGUGGAAGGCGCCAGAGUACGUCCCGGGACCAGCAGCAGCAGCAGCAGCAGCAGCAGCAGCAGUCAGUGAAACCGCAGCGACCACAACCCCACCAGCAGCAGCAGCGAGACCGCUCGGUCCGGCUCCUUCUGCACCUGCACCGGCAGCACCGCUGAAUGCCACUGCUAAUGCUGCUGUUGCUACUGCGUCGUCGCCGAGCAAGCCGCCGCCAGCAAAGCCAGCCAAGCCAGCCGUCAGCGCCCCGCAAGUCAAUCAUCACGAGACGGCUCCUGCAGCAGCCAACGCAGCAGCCGCGGCCUACCAGGACAAAAUUCGGUCGCAACUCCAAGGACACCUCGCCAACCAGCACAAACAGGCAAUCUCUCGAGGCUCGAGCCAGGAGAACUUGAGCGCCGACGUGGCCCAGGAUGAGGACGAUCCAUACGAAGAGUACGACUAUCCGGCGUCGUCUGCGCCGACAUCGGGUCACUCGUCUCCUCCGCCGCCCACGUCUCAGAACACGACUGACGCUGAGCAGCCGGGCAUGCGUCGGCAAAACUCGGCGCCAAUGACCCGUAUGUCCUACAAUGAGGAUGACUAUGACAUCUCCAAGUUUGACGCCAAGGCCCUUGUUGCUUCCGCAAACGCCGAAUUCGAGGCCGAGGUCAACGAACCGCUCGAUCCAAACAAAAUCGGCUUUGUCGACCACUUCUGGGGCGAAGAUGACAAGGGCAAUCUGGGCUUUGAUCUGCUCGUGCUCAAGCAUCGCAAUGGCAAGGAAGUGUGCAAGGAUAUGGCAGAGUUUAUGCGAGAGCGCGCCGCCAUCGAAGACCAGUAUGCCAAGCAGCUUGCGCGACUAGCAAAGACCUCGCUGGGUGAUCAGGAGGAAGGCUCGCUGAAGACGGCGUGGAACCAAGUCAAAAUGGACAUGCUCAACCAAUCGCAAGCACACCAGAGCUUUGCCGGCGCUCUCGUGACAGAUCUGGACAAGUCCAUUAUGAAGUUCAAGGACGGUGCCAAGAAGCAGCGCAAGGCAUACGAGGUCACAUUGUCGCAAGACCGCAAGGCCCUGGCCGACAGAGUCCCAAACGUCGAUCGUGCCAAGCGAAACUUUUUCGACAAGUGCAAAGAGCUCGAGCAAGCCUCCACCAAGGAAGAUCGCGGCCAACUCGACCACAUGACCAAGAAGGAUUUCUUAAAAGUACAAGAGGAUGCACGCCGCAUGCGCCAGCGCGCUGAAGUUGCCGCCGAUGAGUACCGUCGUGCCGUCGACGAGUACAACAAGGCGCACAAGCGUCUGGAGGAUGACAUGAUUCAUGGGUGCAUGGACUUUGAGGAAGCCGAGCUCGAGCGUGUGGGCUUCCUGAAAGAGCAACUCAUCAAGUACAUUAAUUUGAAGCGCCAAGUGAACGAAUCCAGUUCUCAGUCGCUGGCGUUUGCUGCGGAGAGUGUCACAGCAGCGGAAGCACGUGUCGAUAUCGAGUACUUUGUGCGGGCAAAGGGCACCAACCAGCCAAGACCGCGCGGUCUCAAGAUGGAGUCGUACCCGCCUCCAACAGAAGGGCUGGAACGGUCGCGCUCCUUUGCGCGCCCGUCUGGCGGCACCAUCCGGCGCAAGCCCGCCGCACUGAAUGACGCUCAGAAUUGAACGGCAUCGUGGCUGGAUGGUCAUGUCACCCCAUCUUCCGGUAUAGCAUGGAGAGAAAGUGUACAUUGCAGAUACACUUUCAAUGUCUAGGACGAAGCACACGCUUGUUUUUAUUGUUUGAAUGAUAUUGUUUGAACACGCUUGUUUUGAUCGUUGGAAUAAAGUCAACACAAAUUGAGUGGGACUCAGA